CUGUGUCUAGCUUGCUUGCUUCCAUGAAACCUUCACCCCAGCGAGGCAGCUCAAUGAUUUGGUAGCUCUCAUACAAAAAUCAUUACGCAAAAUUGAAACCCAAAAAAAAAAAGGAAAAUGAAGAGAGAGAAACUUAUCUUUUGUAUCCCACUCUCUCUGCUUACUCUGUUGAUCUUCAAUGUCUCUUCUUUAAUAACAACAGCUCAAAACAUCAACUCUUCUCCAAGUUAUUGUAAUAGAAUCUGUGGAGGAAUCUCGAUUCCUUUCCCAUUCGGCAUCGGACAUAAAGACUGUUACCUCAACGACUGGUACGAGGUUACCUGUAACACCACCACAACCACCUCCGGUAACCUCCUAGCUCCGUUCCUCUCUAAGAUAAACAGAGAGCUAGUAACCAUCACUCUUCGAAACAGCAUCGACAGCUCAUACGGCGUCGUACACAUAAAAUCUCCGGUGACUUCCUCCGGCUGUUCUCAACGACCAGUAAAGCCUCUUCCUUUAAACCUCACCGGUAAAGGAAGCCCCUUUUUCAUCACCGAGUCGAACCGUCUCGUCUCAGUAGGUUGCGAGAGCAGAGCAUUGGUCACCAACAUCGAAUCUCAGAUCAUAGGAUGCGAAUCGUCCUGCGUCGGCAACAAGAGUCGUUCAGACAAGAUCUGCAGUGGUUACAGAUGUUGUCAGGCGGUGAUUACGGCGGAUAAACCGCAAGUCAUCGGCGUUAACUUAGAAAGCUCCGGCGGUAACACUACUCUGUGCAAAGUUGCGUUCUUGACGAACGAGACUUACUCUCCGGCGAAUGUUACCGAGGCUGAGGAGAUUUAUAGUAAAGGGUUUAGUGUGGUUGAGCUUGGAUGGUUCUUUGAUUCUCGGUUAAGGGAUCCAGCGGGAUGUGUGAACUUGACUGAAGCUAGGAUCUACACGAGCGCACCGAGUUGUGUUUGUGAGUAUGGUUACUUCUCUGGGUUUGGUUACAGUAACUGUUACUGCAAUGAGAUUGGUUACAGAGGGAAUCCUUAUCUUCCUGGUGGAUGUGUUGACAUUGAUGAAUGUGGGGAAGGAAAGGGACGAGAUAGCUGUGGAGAACAGAUUUGUGUCAAUGUUCCUGGAUCGUUUAGGUGUGAGCCAAAGGAAAGAGGGAAGAUCAACCCUGUGUCUCAAGGUUUUGUUAUAGGUUUGGCAUUGUUGUUCUUGGUCCUUGGGAUAUGGGGAUUGAUCAAAUUCAUUAAGAAGAGAAGAAAGAUUAUCCAGAAGAGGAAGUUCUUUAAACGUAAUGGAGGUUUGUUGUUGAAGCAACAGUUAACUACACAAGAAGGAGGUAAUGUGGAGACAUCAAAAAUAUUCACCUCCAAAGAGCUGGAGAAGGCAACUGAUAACUUUAACAAGAACAGAGUUCUUGGGCAAGGAGGUCAAGGUACGGUCUACAAAGGAAUGUUGGUAGAUGGACGUAUCGUCGCUGUGAAAAGAUCUAAAGUUUUGGAUGAAGACAAAGUCGAGGAGUUCAUCAACGAAGUCAGUGUUCUCUCUCAGAUUAACCAUAGGAACAUUGUGAAACUCAUGGGGUGUUGUCUAGAGACAGAGGUUCCUAUCUUGGUUUAUGAGCAUAUUCCAAACGGAGACUUAUUCAAGCGGCUACAUGAUGAUUCUGAUGAUUACAUAAUGACUUGGGAAGUGCGUUUGCGGAUCGCUGUAGAGAUUGCAGGAGCACUUGCUUACUUGCACUCUGCUGCAUCUACUCCGGUCUAUCACAGAGACAUCAAAACGACAAACAUACUUUUGGAUGAGAAGUAUCGAGCCAAGGUGUCGGAUUUUGGUACUUCGAGAUCUAUCAAGAUAGAUCAGACUCACUUGACAACUCUAGUUGCAGGUACUUUCGGGUACUUGGAUCCAGAGUACUUUCAAACUAGUCAGUUUACGGAUAAAAGCGAUGUUUAUAGUUUUGGAGUUGUCUUGGUUGAGCUUAUAACCGGAGAAAAACCAUUUUCUGUUAUGCGGUCUGAAGAAUACAGAGGGCUUGCGUCUCAUUUCAACGAGGCCAUGAAACAGAACAGAGUUCUUGAUAUUGUUGAUUCUCGGAUCAAAGAAGAGUGCAAAGAUGAACAAGUGUUGGCUGUGGCGAAACUUGCGAGAAGGUGUUUAAGCUUAAAAGGGAAGAAGCGGCCAAACAUGAGAGAGGCUUCCAUUGAGCUUGAGAAGAUCUGUUCAUCACCUGAAGAUCUCGACGUAACAUUUGAAGAGGAAGAAGAAGAAGAAAAGGCAAUGGAAAUCAACAUGGAUGAUACUUGGAGCGUAGAGAUGACUGCUCCAGCAUCUCUCUUUGAUUUAUCACCCAAGUUAGAGGUCGAACCAUUGGCUCCUCACCAAACAUGGUGAUAAUGGAAUCUGAUAAAACUGCAGAGAUGUACGGAAAUGUUUGUUUAAUUGUGUGAUAACAACAAAGACUCUAAUUGUUCCACUCUUCCAUAAAUAUUCUCAAAAACAUUUCAGAAUUGCAUUCCAUCACAAAGAUUCAUUUAUACAAUGUUUGUGGAAUCAUCUUGGGACAUAAAUCACAUUAUAAAAUACAAAAAAGUUUACAUUAUGAUCAAACAUUAGCCAUUGCUUUAGGCUAUUGUUGUUACACACACAUUGCAUUAGAGGGACAAAAUAAAACAAUGAGUAUCAGCUUUUGGUGACACUUUUAUAAGAAUUUAAGUUUCCUGCCUUUAGAGAAACUGGCAUGGACGUGUUCCAUUUGACAAAUUGCCUUCUCUUUCCCGGUCAUAUCCGAACACGACAAGUGGCUAUCACCUAAAGUGACGGCAAAGUAGAUAUAGAUGGUGCAGAGGAAGGUCAAAAGGAUCAUAGCGGUUAAAAGGAAACGAUGCCUCCGGAAAACAGUAGAGAAGCUACCCAAAUCCUCCCAUUGCUUCUUUAGCGCGUGUGGCCUUCGUAACGGUGAUGAUACAAUCCCAUCAAGAACCAUUUCUUCAAAUAAAUAAAUAUAUAAAAACUGAUCUUUCUAGCUUAAGCCACCAACCUGAAAUGACAAACGUGUUUCAGUUCAAAAUUAAAAGUGUGAAAACUUUAGUUCAUAAACCAUUUUACACAGUUUGUAACAUUGCCAAGACUCAAAAUCAUAUUCAUUGAGUAAUCUGUGACGACGAGUUUAACCAAUCUAAGUUAAUCAUAUAGAUGAUUGAAGCGAAGAAAGCCUCAAAACCUUUACGCAAAUAAAUAACGGAAAACAGAUCAAAACCAGAGGAAGAGAUUACAAACCGGUUAGAGAUCUGGAGAUGAAGAGCUGGUUACAGCUCCCUCCGUUGAUAAUUAAAAAAAAAAGAGUCCUCCUCCUUUAGCUCCCAAUAGCAAAAGGUUUUCUCUUUGUCGGCGUGGCGUCGUGAAAACUGUAGAUCUCGCGUCCGUCGAGUUAUGGUAGAGUUUAGAGAGAUUUGCCGGUAAACGCGGUAUGUCGAGAGCUCAAAAAGAACAUAUAGUCCGUUACAAAUACCCGAUAAUUUAGGAAUUUUAUUUUGAAAAAUAAAAUUAGGGAGAAAGCGUGUUAGGUUGUGUUAUUCUGGAAUCGAG